AGCACAAAUGGGUAGGUACGUGUGAACAUACACAUACGUAAUUCCUUCCAUGCUUGUUCACAAACAUAUGCCUUUAAGCAUAUCAUACCUUCCUUUCUCCAACAGUGAUUGCUUUCAAACAAGAUGUCUAACCACCAAAUAAUAAUUGCGUACCUCCUAGUGCAGUGUGUACAUUAAGUAGAAGGCAGGCACGUCUUGUCUUUAAGAAUUCAUUGCAUUAUUUAAUCCUUCUCUUAUCAUACCUACCUCUCACAUAGGUCUCACAUAGGUAGUACUUUCACAAAAGACAAACAAAAGGAAACGAAAAGAGAACUGGCGAAACAAAAAACCUGUCAAGUAACAUUCCGAAAAUGUCGCCUGUAAAACUAAUACUUGAAGACGAUGGCGCACCAGACUAUGCGCACAACGUAAUUGAGGUCCUCAACUCAGGUUUACCGCCAGACGGCCCAAAGUCGCCUAGUGAAGCCGCCGAUGACCUCAACGCUCUCUGUCUCUCAGAAUAUGCAAAGACUAACCAUUAUGCCCGAUAUCUCUGGCGGUUUUGGUUUCUUGUAAGUGAUUUAUCCCGACAGAUCCCAUAUGAUAGUCCAGAGCAAGCGCGACUACAGGCUGUUAUGAAGGCACUCCAUGACUUGCCUCCUAAGGAAGUUGACCUAGGUUUCUCUGAACAAAGUAGCACUGCUAAACUCUGGAAAGCGUUGCCUAUGUUUGAUGGUGCCUUGUACGAUGUGAUUCAUGUUGACUCUAGAGCUCCUGAUGAUACCCGGAGGAAAGAGCGGCGUGUAAAUCUCGUCGCUUUUGCGUCAAGAGUUGCAGGCCUGGAUAUCUGGCCAUUUUUUCACAUGUACGCCACCUGGGAUAUUGCGCCUGCGCUGGAGGGAACCUUGAUACCAAUUGAAGGUGGUCCCGCUCAAAUCAACGAAGAUCCUGCUGUAGUGGAGGAUAUAGAAUACCACCUAAGAGCUGCCGCUUGCUGGAUAGUUCAGGCGGGAUACUUACUUUACGACUACGACGGGGAGUGUCUGGGUAGCAAAGCUGGUCCGCUAUGGAAGUAUCAUGAGAAGCAAACCAAUAAGCUGCGACACUUGUGCCCGGACCGAUGGCAGUUAUGGAAGGAGAGGUUUGCUGUGGUCCGAGACUGUGAAAAGUUGAAACAGAAGACUCGACAAGAGGCAGGGGAAGCUUAUGAUGUGAUGGUCGAGAUUGAGAGAAAUCAGAAUGCUUGAACAGGGCUUGAGGUGUUCUGAUCUGGCCAAAUUUUGCGAUGUAAAAAUCUAGCUGAGCUCAUAAAAUACUAGAUGUUGGUUUACUAUAUAUUACCAACCGUAAGUAGGUUUAGUAAAUUGUGACAUGAAUAGAUA